UUUCGGGAUUCCUCUAGCUCAUCUGGAGUUCUAGUUCUUCCGAAGGAACUUUAUAACUCCCAACUUCUCUAGAGUUCAUCCUUAGGAACUGCUUUGCAAUUCCAGCUCUGGAUACAACUUGAAAACUACGUUAGUUGAUUACGUUAGUUUGUCAUCAUCCAAACCAUAUUGGCUCAACAACUGCUAAUUCAUUACCCAAUAAUUUUUCCAAAGAAUCUGAAAUAAUUAAAUCCCUUCUGUUUGGAUUCUCAUCAAAAUUAAUACUGGAGCAUUCAAUUUCUAGCAAUUUAAUUCAAAAAAGAACGGAGCUUGUCCUUCAUUAUCUGUCGGAUCUCCCAUAUCGCCGGAUUUUAAAAAGCCGUUAUCUGGGUGGAGCGGGUUCCAUCCUUGUCGCCGGAGGUGGAGCACCGUGGAUCAAGCUAGUCUCAUGGUGGCCGGAAUUCUGGGUUGCAGGGAAGGAGAAGGAAUUGAAGUUCCGGUAGUGUAAUUCUGGGCUGCCGGAAUUCUUGGCCGGAAUCUGGGUUGAAAGUGGCCGGAUUCUGGGUUGAAGGUGGCCGGAUUCUGGGUUGUUGGGGUUUAUUACUGAUUUAAUGUUUUGAUGCUUGAUGGAGGAAGUUGGGUAGUUGCGGUAAAAAAAGUAAAAAUAUGAAGGAUAAAUGUGGUGAGGGUAGUUGUGACAUUUAAUAGGGCGGGUGAGUAUUAACGGUACGGGGUUUAGCGCUCCAAAAAAUACAAUCACACCACGGACACCCCUUCACCAAUUUCUCUCUCCUCAAACACUUGCCACUCACUACUUCUCCGGCGACGCCACUACGGCAAGGCGGAGGCGACUCACAGCCAUCGUAUCUUCCACUAUCGGCUUUCUCUCUCCUCCUCUCCAAUUCAAACCAUCAAUGCUCAUCUUCUAAGCCCAGCCGAGUUCGUGCAACGCUGAAAAACGAAUAGGAAACAGAAGUGAAGAAAGAAAUGAGUGAGAGAAAGAGUGAAGAUGGGAAGUUAUAUACAUCAGUAAGCAACACUGAAGUAGAUUCGGAUCGACCCAACAUCGAAGAUUAUCUCUCUGAAUCCCUCCCUGAGCCCCAUGGCAAGCUUCGUUUGAGGGACUUGAUUGAUCUUUCUCCUGUUCUUACUGAGGCUGCUGGUGCCAUUGUUGAUGACUCAUUUACGCGUUGCUUCAAGUCAAAUCCUCCAGAGCCCUGGAACUGGAAUAUCUAUCUAUUUCCUCUGUGGUGUUGUGGAGUUGUUGCAAGAUACUUGAUUAUUUUCCCAGUAAGGGUCCUCGUUUUGACGCUUGGAUGGAUUAUUUUCCUGUCUCUCUACAUGCCAGUUCAUUUCUUAUUGAAAGGACAUGAUAAGCUGAGGAAGAAGAUAGAGCGUUCUCUCGUGGAGCUGAUUUGCAGUUUCUUUGUUGCAUCGUGGACUGGAGUAAUUAAGUAUCACGGGCCACGACCAAGUGUGAGAUCUAAGCAGAUUUUUGUGGCCAACCACACCUCCAUGAUUGAUUUCAUUGUUUUAGAACAAAUGACUGCAUUUGCUGUGAUCAUGCAGAAGCAUCCUGGUUGGGUCGGAUUGUUACAGAGUACUAUUUUAGAAAGUCUUGGAUGUAUUUGGUUCAACCGCGCAGAAGUAAAUGAUCGUGCUGUUGUACAAAGAAAGUUGAGGGACCAUGUGCAUGGGUCUGACAAUAACCCUCUUCUGAUAUUUCCUGAAGGAACUUGUGUUAAUAAUGAGUAUACAGUCAUGUUUAAGAAGGGUGCAUUUGAACUUGACUGCCCUGUUUGUCCCGUUGCUAUCAAGUACAACAAGAUUUUUGUGGAUGCCUUCUGGAACAGUAAAAAGCAGUCAUUUACUACACACCUGCUUCAGCUAAUGACGUCUUGGGCCGUUGUUUGUGAUGUUUGGUAUCUAGAGCCUCAAACAAUAAAACCUGGAGAGACUCCCAUUGAAUUUGCCGAGAGGGUCAGAGACAUGAUCUCUCAUAGAGCAGGCCUGAAAAAGGUUCCUUGGGAUGGCUACCUGAAGUACUUACGCCCUAGCCCUAGGUUCACAGAGAGCAAGCAACAAAGCUUUGCUGAAUCAAUAUUACGACGUUUUCAAGAGAAGUGAAGUUCUUAUCCAAGAUUCAUGUCCAUCUCUCGGUGAGCUCCUUUCGACAACUUGUUACUGUAUUUAGCAAUCAGCUGCUUACUUGCUGCUCUUCAUCCAUAAAUAGAACAUAAAGUUUUUUGUUACAUGUGACUUUGCACGUAGCUGCCUUAGUGCCUUCCCUUUGAUACGUUCCAUAGGAAGUUUUUGAUUUGGGAGACAUGUUUGAUUAGAAAUUCUUUGAUCAUCAUUUAAGUUGUAAACUUUGAAUUGUUAAUAUGAGCGCUUGUUUACAGCACUACGAAGAAAUGAAAACCAAUUUAGAUGCUUGUGCAGUUUAUUUCGA